AACCAAAGAGCGCCUCAAGUCGGACAUACUUUCAGGAGGGACCCGAGCAUGUUGAAACGAGUUAGCUGCUAUUUUCAAAGUUACGCAAGCUUUAAAUGAAUACAGUCGUAAGUGUAAGGUUUUAUAAUUGUCGGGAACGACAUGGGGUUGAUAAGACACGUCGUGUGCGCCAUGUCAGGUGGCGUGGACAGCUCCGUGGCGGCUCUACUGCUGAAGAGGAGAGGCUAUAAUGUGACGGGGGUGUUCAUGAAGAACUGGGACUCCCUUGAUGAGAGCGGAGUCUGCAGCACAGAGAGGGACUGUGAGGACGCCUACAGGGUGUGCCAAAUGCUGGACGUCCCCUUCCACCAGGUGUCUUACGUCAGAGAGUACUGGCAUGACGUGUUCAGCAAUCUGCUGAAAGAAUACGAAAAAGGCAGGACGCCAAAUCCUGACAUACUCUGCAACAAACACAUCAAAUUCAACCAUUUCCACAAGUAUGCCAUACACACUUUGGGUGCUGAUGCCAUGGCAACGGGCCACUACGCCAGGACGUCCCAGGAAGAUGAAGAGGUUUUCCUCCAGUCUCACUCAGCUCCACCCACCACACUGUUCAGGGAUCGAUUCGAGAUCAGAAAUCCUGUGAAGCUGUGCAAAGGGGCCGACCUCGUUAAAGACCAGACCUUCUUCCUCAGCCAGAUCUCGCAGGAUGCCUUAUGUCAAACCCUCUUCCCGCUCGCCGGACUCACUAAAGACUUUGUCAAAAAGAUGGCAAACGAAGCAGGGUUUCAUCAUGUGCUGAAGAAGAAAGAGAGCAUGGGCAUUUGCUUUAUUGGAGAAAGAAACUUUGAAAACUUCAUUUUAGAGUAUCUGGAGCCAAAUCCUGGGAACUUUGUGUCUAUAGAGGAUGGGACUGUGAAAGGAACACAUAAAGGCUGGUUUACUCUGACCCUGGGCCAGAGGGCGAGGAUCGGUGGCCAGAGAGACGCCUGGUUCGUGGUGGACAAAGAUAUCGACUCCGGUGAUGUCUUUGUGGCUCCGUCUACCAAUCACCCGUCUCUUUUCCGUGACACGGUGAAAACCGACCGCUUCCACUGGAUCGCUGUGGACCCACCUGCAGAGCUAGUCAGGACCCAGAUGAUGGAAUGCCAGUUCCGCUUCAUCCACCAGAUGCCGCUCAUUCCCUGCACUGUGACUCUAAACAUGGACGGUUCAGUGUGGAUUUCCCUUUCUCAGCCAGUCAGAGCUCUAACACCCGGACAGUUUGCAGUGCUCUACAAAGGCGACGACUGCCUGGGCAGCGGGAAGAUCAUCCAGCUGGGUCCCAGUGAAUACACACUGCAGAAGGGCCGCGAGCGCCUGGUUGCUAACCAGCAACAAAACGAUGAGCCUGCACCCGAUCCUGCCAGCUGAUAGCAGAGCUCUCAGUCCAACGGUCCUAGAUGUGCAAGAAGACAAGCCUGGAAACUGGAGAGGGUGUUUAACGUGGAUCUUACUAGACCUUGUGUUUUAACAGUCUUCAUAAGGACAGAGCGGCGCCUUUAUAAAUCAUCUGUAUCCGAACAUAAAAAGGCGACUUUACAAAAAUAAGAUGGUUUAGCUGUCUGUGCCAGAAAACACCCGCUCCAGUUCUUAUUUAUGCUGCAUAGCAUAUAAUGUAUUUAAGAUGUGAAAAUGUAUAAAGGUAUUUUUUAUAAAACAUGCAGAAAUGAAGAAACUUUGGCUCCAACCAAACACCUUAAAGGUAUAGUGGA